AUGGACUUCUUCCGUCAAGCCGGUGAGGCUCUAGAAGCCGGCCAACAAACUCAUGAGCCUACCUUGACAUCACAGCCGAGCAACACCGGCAUCCCAGGCGCACCCUCACCCCAAUUUGCGCUGCUCAAUUUUCUCCUCCCCGGAUACUCUGUCUUGAUGUCUGUCGCACAUUCCUACAUGGGCACCGACAUCAACGCCUAUGUCCCGUUCCUCAUCGUCGUCGCCGCGCUGUACGUGAUUUGGAUGUACGUCUGGGACACGCUGGGCGAUUUCUUCCGCGAUUACUUCACGUCUUCAGUCCUGAUACCAGCCGAUGACGAGAUCUACAACAUGGUCAUGCUGUGGGUUUCGAAGCAGAAAUUCGCCCACAGCUCUCGCAGUUUCGUUGCCAACACCAACAUCAACUCUCGACACCACUUAUUCACCUACAGGUACUACGAUAAUGAAUCUGACGCUGAAGACGAAGACGACGAUGAAAGCCACGUUGAUACCACUACCGGUCUGUCAAACAACCAGAAGCAGGCUCUGCAUUAUACGCCCGGCUUCAACGGCGCGCAUUUCUUCUGGUACAAGAGCUGGCCGUUUACCAUUACGCGAACCAUUCGAGAGCGCGACUCGAAAAACUCCAAUGGAUGGCCCGAGAAGGAGGAGCUGACAAUCACAACCAUUGGCAGAAAUCCUAGAAUAUUGAAGGAAUUGCUGCUGGAAGCCAGGCAGAUACACAUGACGAAAGAUGAUCGCAAGACCGCCAUCUACCGCGCUAAUUUUGUCGACACCUACUGGCAGCGAUGCAUGUCCCGAUUGAAUCGGCCAUUUUCCACCGUCAUUCUAAACGAGGAUGUCAAACAAGACCUUAUUGAUGAUGCCGCUGAUUAUCUCGACCCCGUCACCCGUCGGUGGUACGCAAAUCGCGGUAUUCCCUACCGAAGAGGAUAUCUGCUCCACGGCCCUCCUGGCACGGGCAAGAGCUCUCUCAGUCUCGCACUGGCAGGGUAUUUCCGUAUGAAGAUCUACAUCGUGAGCUUGAGCUCCGCGGCCGCUACUGAGGAGAACCUCAUGUCUCUUUUCCAUGACCUGCCCACCCGCUGUGUCGUUCUCCUUGAGGACAUUGACAGCGCUGGCUUGACACAUAGCCGUGAUACCCCUGAAACUCCUGCUUCGCCUGCCGACGCGGACUCCAAGACCUCUAAUAGCCCAUCUUCUGAUUCCACAUCGACUUCUGGCAGCCGUCUGAGCCUCUCUGGUCUGCUCAACAUCCUCGAUGGUGUGGCUUCCCAGGAAGGCCGCAUUCUCAUCAUGACGACCAACCAUAUCGAGAAACUCGACAAGGCCCUCAUCCGCCCCGGCCGUGUCGACAUGACCAUCCACUUUGGCCUCGCCGACUCCAACAUGAUUGCCUCCAUCUUCCGCUCCAUCUAUGCGCCGUACGAAAACGAAACUACGUCCAUGGCCGAGGCUAAAGACCCUGACCAGGAGGCCAUUCAGAAAAGGCUGGCUAAGAGGCGGGCCAAGAUCAGUGAACGCGUAGACGAGCAGGCGAAAUUGUUCAGCCAGGAGAUUCCAGAGUUGGAGUUCAGCCCCGCCGAGGUUCAGGGUUUGCUGUUGAGACACAAGCGUGAUCCUGCGAGCGCUUUGGCUGCCGCCGGGGCUUGGGUUGUGCAGAUGAGAAAGGACAAGAAGGAGAAGGCGGAGGAGGACGAAAAGAAACAGAAGGAGGAGCAGGAGAAGAAGCAGAAGGAGAAGGAGAAGGAAAAGGAAAAAGAGGAUGAGAAGGAAAAAGAAAAGGAGAAGGGUAAGGACAAGGAGAAAGAGAAAGAGAAAGAGCAGGCCAAGGGGAACAACGUGGACGGAGGAGAGGACAAGGCAGACCAAGGGAAGAAUGAUAAAGACAAAGAGCACAAUUCUGGCACUGAAGAGGCGGCUACACACGACGCCUCUAAUGGCCUGGCUCCAAAAGAGUCGGAUACGCGGAAGAAGGGUUCGUCUGAUUCCGGAUAUGAGACCCCAUGA